AUGUUCGGCAACGGCCGACGUGGUGGCAACGGACAAGGCGGCGAUCGAGACCGCGGUCGCGGUCGCGGUCGUGGUCAUGAUCGUGGUCGUGGUCGUGGCCGUGGUCGGGGAGACGGCGAUAAAGAGUAUGCACGCGAAGCAGCUCUUACUAGGAUCGAAGAAACAGAAGAGCAAUGUCAAGCGCGGAGGACAUACGGCUCAUGGAGGCGAUUGCUUGGUGAGCCGGAGAACGACCCCAACACCAUGCGACGAUUCUGGAAAGGCGCGCUCGAUAUACUGGAGUCAGGAGAUCGAGACCGACUCCAGCAGCUCCCCCAGGACCUAAACGACGAAAACGAGGCAGGACAUCGUCAUAUCCUUGCCUUGCUGAACACCAAAGUCAAUGGUAUUGACUACGAGACAUUCAUCAGCAAUGCUCGCAACUUCCUCCUUACAAUCACGCACUCUUCACUCCUGCGAUGUCUGGCUGUCGAUACUCAUGUCGGGCUCAUCUACAAUCUCUUCGGUGGUGUCGGUGGAAAGAGAGCGGUUGCAUUUCUCCGUCGCCUUAUUCAAGCUCUAUUGGCAGCUCAAACUGCUGGGAUGGCUUGGCUUUCAACAGAAUACUUCAGGCAAACACUUCUCGCUAUGUCCAUUGCUGUGUUUGAGUUGUUGAGGCGCGAGUCCAGGGCGCGCUUCAAUGACGAGAUCCCCACACUGGUCGAUUCCAUACAGGCUGCCACCGAUACCGUCAAGGGUGUUGUCUCAAACACGCCAGCGCUCAUUCAAAACCGACUCAAAGACAUUCGAGCACUGAUAACGCGCGCUCAAAGCCUCAUCGCUGACAAAACUCUGGACGACAGCAGCACUGCUGACGAUGAGGGAAACACAUCCUUCUACCCGCGCGACCUGAUUGUACCUUCGAAUCGUUUCGACAAUGACAAGAAAGACAUUGUUGAAAUAGUACUGUUCCCUACCCGAGACGAGAUAAUGAGCGAUGCAAAAGAAUUUCUUCCAUAUACCGACCGCGACCAACCUCACUUUCUCGAAGAUCCUGUGCAGCGCCAUAUCGAUACCUUUUUCAGAUUGUUACGCCACGAUAUCUUCGGCGAGCUGAAAGGGGCUUUGGCAGGGAUCAUGCACGCGAUAACUCAGAAUCCUACAGCACCAUUGCAACCAAGACUAUAUCUUGGCGAUGUGCGUGCCAAUUACUAUGCCAACGCUCGAUUGUGUUUUGUUACGCUCGAAAGCAGAAAGGGCCUGCAGGCACAGAUUGAGUUCACUCAACCAGGCGAAGUUCGCAAGAAAAAGGCUACAGAACGAGAGCAAUGGUGGGCAGACUCGCGAAGGUUUGAUGAAGGCGCGCUGCUUUCUUUUAUAUGGAUCGAUGGUGUUGUCGCUCAACACGUCUUCCUCACCGUCUCAUCUAAGACCACCGAUCCUAAAAAGGCGUAUGGGCUGACGAACAGUGAUCAAAUGGCCUACAUCACGACUAGUCUGGUUACACAAGAUCGAGCGACAGUGAAGAACUUGAUGAGAGCGAAUACUGGAGCAGCUCGUGGGUUGUUACUAGAGUUUCCAAAGGUGAUGCCAGCGACUUUUGCCCCUGUUCUGGAGUGCCUCAAGGCAAUGCAGCGCUUGAAUCGCCUACCAUUCCAGCAGUGGAUCGUGCCCCCCAAACAUGACGGUCCUCCAGGGGCACGUAAGAUGCACCACAUCCCCCCGCCCCUCUAUGCGCGCACUGCCGGUUUCAAAUUCUCCUUGUUGCCCAUCGUGACAGAAGAGAACAAAAUUCAACCAUUCCUGAUCGAGCCCACACAUUCAUGCGACGACGAAGUCUUGCUUGCCAAAGUUGAGAGCAAGACACAGCUUGAUCGGGGGCAGUGCCGGGCCCUAGUGGCAGCGCUUACUCGCGAGUAUGCAUUCAUUCAAGGUCCUCCUGGAACUGGCAAGAGUUAUGUUGGGCUCCAAAUCAUGAAGGUUUUGUUGGCUGUCGAUAAAAAUGCCAAUCUGGGACCAAUGCUGAUUGUAUGCUACACCAAUCAUGCACUAGAUCAGUUUCUUGAGCAUCUGCUCGAUAUCAGUGUGAAGAAGCUUAUCCGUGUGGGAGGCAUGAGCAAAUCCAAGAGGCUGGAGAAUCACAACCUCCGUGGAGUGAGCGAGUCGGAGAAAAACACAAAAGCAGAAAGGUACAUGGCGGCUUUGUGUUACAAAGAGUUGAAUAAUAAACAGAAAGAGGCAAAAUCACUCUUUGCUGAGUUACACGCGCUGCAAAAGAACUUGGACUGGCAGCAUAUCAAAAGCCACAUUUAUGAAGGAUACCCCACAGUAUACCGUCAAUUCCGCAGUGUCGACGACGAAGGAUUCCAACUAGCUGGGCGCCAUCCAUUCGAUAUCUGGAGCACGGACAAUGAGAUCCCUCGCACGCCAAUUCCAGCAAGAGUGAUGCAACAAAUCAUUCAGAAAGCCAACACGGAUGUACACUCGUUGAGCACUCAGGAGCGGGGUGCUCUGGUCACGCAUUGGAUUAGGGAAGCCCAGAGCAACAGAAUUUGCGAGCUCUAUGAGAUUGUCAAUGAUGUUGCAAAGAUCCAGCGGCAGCUAGACAACAUACAUGAGGAAGUGAACCGAAGAGUAUUGGAAGAAGCGCAGGUCAUAGGAGUCACGACGUCUGGUCUCGCAAAGCGAAUUUCAGUUCUCCAGCAAGUCAGAUGCAAAGUCAUUAUUUGCGAAGAAGCAGGAGAGGUCAUGGAAAGUCAUAUGAUUUGCGCCCUGCUUCCCGAUGUCGAGCAUGUGAUCCAAAUUGGCGACCAUGAGCAGCUCAGACCUUCAGUAAACAACUUCCAAGACCUGUCACUCGAGAGCGAACGAGGAAAACUUCAUCAGCUUGACAGAAGUCAGUUCGAACGACUUUCGGUUGGUGAGCCGGGGCGUCCUCUAAUGCCUGUUGCUCAACUGAACGUACAGCGAAGGAUGCGUCCACAGAUAUCUUCGCUGAUUCGUGAGACUAUUUACAGCAAACUUCAAGAUCAUACUUCCACCACCAAAUUGCCUGAUGUCAUUGGUAUGCGACAGAAUGUUUUCUGGCUCGAUCAUACCAAAUUUGAGGCUGAGAGUGACACCAAUGCUCAAAUUACAAAGUCCAAGUCAAACUUGUGGGAAGUUGAGAUGGUUCAUGCGCUAGUUCGGCAUAUCAUUCGCCAAGGUAUCUACAAGUCGGACGAGAUCGCGGUGUUGACGCCAUAUACCGGGCAGCUUCAAAAGUUGCGGGCUGCUAUGAGAAGCGAUUUCGAGAUAUGUCUUAGUGACCGCGACAAGGAGGCACUAGAGAAUGACGGCUUCGCAAUAGACGAUGGUGUUACGCAAGCACGAGAAGCAUCUGGACACCAAGGCAAACCGUUGGAGAAGAAGCAGCUGUCUGAACUGUUGAGAAUCGCUACGGUCGACAACUUCCAAGGGGAAGAAGCGAAGAUCAUCAUUGUUUCGCUCGUACGAAGCAAUGGCAAGCAGAAGGUUGGGUUCCUCAAAACAACAAACCGUAUCAACGUCUUGCUUAGUCGCGCUCAACACGGCAUGUAUCUCAUUGGUAACACGGAAACCUACACGAGUGUUGAAAUGUGGCAGAAGGUCAUCGAUAUGCUAAGAGCCGCUGGUUGCGUGGGAAAAAGCCUGGCCUUGUCUUGUCCUCGACAUCCAGCGACGCCUAUCCAAGUACAAGAACCCAAUGAUUUCCAGAAAUACAGUCCAGAAGGUGGAUGCAUGGAAGCCUGCACUGAUCGUCUCGAGUGUGGUCAUCGCUGCGGGGCAAGAUGUCAUUCGGAGGCUAUGCAUGUCGUGUUCCGGUGCGAGCAGCCCUGUCAACGCCAACACCAACCCUGUGGCCAUCCAUGCCAAAAGGCUACGUGCGGAGAACUUUGUGGCAAAUGCAUGGUUCUUCUGGACAAUGUGCAGCUUCCAUGUGGUCAUUCCAAACAUUCAGUCGCCUGUCACCGCACCCAGAAUAUCGGUAGCAUCUCUUGCGAUGUCAAGGUCACGAAGCGUGUGCCUGGCUGCGAACAUGACGUGGUUGUGAAGUGCUCUUUAGCCAUUUCUUCACAAGGCUACAGCUGCCCUACUCCGUGCGCGGUAGCGCUAUCCUGUGGUCAUCCUUGUCCUAGAACUUGCGGCCAAUGCAACACCAAGGAUAGUCAUGGUCAACCAGUGGUCAAGCAUUUCGCUUGCCAAAAGAUAUGCGGUAGAAAGCAUGGGACCUGCAGUCACAACUGCAACAGCCCAUGCCAUGAUGGCACUGCCUGUGGGCUAUGUCAAAACCCCUGUGAAGUACGCUGUAAGCACACCAAGUGUCCACAUAAGUGUCAUGAGACUUGUGCGCCGUGCACUGAGCAAUGCGUAUGGUCAUGCGAACAUCAAGGCGCCUGCGAAAUGCCUUGUUCAGCACCCUGUAGUCGACUACCCUGUGACGAGCGCUGCACGAAGGUUCUGCCAUGCGGCCACCAAUGCCCGAGUAUCUGCGGCGAGGAGUGCCCCACGGAGUACUGUCAACAAUGCGGUAUGAAGCCUGAGGAACAGACCGAUAUGAUCAUGAUGUCGUGUUACGCUGAUGUCGAUCUCAACGAAUCACCCAUAGUUGUUCUGAGUUGUGGUCAUUUCUUCACAACUGAGACUCUGGAUGGCCUUGUCAGCCUCAAAGAAGUAUACGAGCUUGAUACGAAGACAGGUCGCUUCACUGGCCUGAUUGACAAUGCGGAGCUUUCAGCAACGAUUCCGCAGUGUCCAAACUGCAGAGAGCCUAUCAAGCAGUACGUCACGCAACGCUACAACCGUCUCAUCAAUCGAGCUGUCAUCGAUGAGAUGUCCAAGCGAUUUAUCGUCAGUGGACAACAGGAGCUUCAGAUGCUAGAGGAUAGACUUGAAGCUAUGCGAGACAAGCUUGAAGAAUCGCGAAAAACAGUUGUCCCAGCAUCUCGCAUCUUGGCCCGCGGCAACGUUGCUCACGAAUUGACGAUGCAACGACUCAAUGACAGAAUCAAGGAGAGAUAUGUGGAAGCGAUCAAGUUGAUGAACGCUGUAAAGUCUUUCCGUCGCAGAGUGAAUGUUCAGCAUCAACCUGCGUACAAGCUGCAUCAAGCGACGAUGCACAGCAUUGCAAAUAGCACUUCUCUCGACACUAAGUUUGCCAAAUUGGCUAUUGGUUCGUCUAGCCAGUCCUUGGAGCGCGACCGCGACCAGCGCGUCACUUUGGGCGGUGCUCUUCUCGAAACCAAAGUGCAAUGUUUGAUACUGGAGGACAACUUUGAAAUCGCGCGAGCUGUCAGCCUCCUGAAGAUUGAUAGAGCAACACCACUCAGUUUCAGUGGAGGCUCGCCCAUGUCGAAGACGGAGCGGUUCCUCAAAGAUUGCAAGAAGUUGAUCACUGAGUGCAGGUCGGAAUGCCUACCCAAGCUAGCAGUCGAAGCAAUUUUGUACUACGCCCGCAUUGCUCAGCUGUUCGGUGAAUCCAGAGUCGCCAAGAAUACUGAUCGCACAAAAGCUAUGGAUUACCGCAAGGACGCCCAAGAGCUUUUGGCAGAGGCAAAAUUUCUUUGCAAGCAUUCUUUCCGUGGUCGAGACACUUUGCUGCAAGCCAUAGACAGCACUUUAAAAAUGCUACGCAGUGAGUUCUACGAGGAAGUAUCAAAGGAGGAAUUGGAUACCAUCAAAAAGGCAAUGGUCAGCGGACCUCGAGGAAUUGCAACUCACUCAGGGCACUGGUACAACUGCAUCAAUAGACACCCAUUUGCGAUUGGAGAAUGCGGCAUGCCCAUGGAGUUGGCUCGCUGUCCAGAAUGCGGCGAGACGGUAGGUGGCCAACACCAUACUGCCGUUGCUGGUGUUUCACGGGCAUCGGAGAUGGAAAACUGA